CCCGGCCGUUUCCCGUGAGCGGCCUGGGCGGAGGGGACGGAAAGCAGGAAGGGGUAAACCCAACUCAGUUCGCCAUGGGGUUGUUUGGAAAAACCCAGGAGAAGCCGCCCAAAGAGCUGGUCAAUGAAUGGUCAUUGAAGAUAAGAAAGGAAAUGAGAGUAGUUGACAGACAAAUAAGAGAUAUCCAGCGGGAAGAAGAAAAAGUGAAACGCUCUGUGAAGGAUGCUGCCAAGAAAGGCCAGAAGGACGUCUGCGUGGUGCUGGCCAAGGAGAUGAUCCGGUCGCGGAAGGCAGUGAGCAAGCUCUACGCGUCCAAAGCUCACAUGAACUCUGUGCUCAUGGGCAUGCGGAACCAGCUGGCCAUUCUCCGAGUGGCUGGCUCCCUGCAGAAGAGCACAGAGGUGAUGAAAGCCAUGCAGAGUCUUGUGAGGAUCCCUGAAAUCCAGGCCACCAUGCGGGAGCUGUCUAAGGAGAUGAUGAAGGCUGGUAUCAUAGAAGAGAUGUUAGAAGACACCUUUGAAGGCAUGGACGAUCAGGAAGAAAUGGAAGAGGAGGCAGAAAUGGAAAUUGACAAGAUUCUGUUUGAAAUUACAGCAGGGGCCUUGGGCAAAGCACCCAGUAAAGUGACCGAUGCCCUUCCAGACCCUGAGCCUCCAGGAGCCAUGGCUGCUGAGGACGAAGAGGAGGAGGAGGCCCUGGAGGCCAUGCAGUCUCGGCUGGCCACGCUGCGGAGCUAG